AGCAAGGCAAACACCCAAAUGACUCGAGAAGGAGAUUCAAAAAAUCGCAGGUUUGGCUUAGCCAAAAAGGCUGACGCCUAUAGUCGGCUUUUCGCGGCAAAUACCGCCGUCAUCAUUGAAGAUCAGGGGCAGUUCUAUUUAUACACGUCAUGUCCUAAAUUUGUUCCCGAAUUACUCGCUACACUGAAUGUCCGUGCGGAGAAUAAAUUUGAGCCUGGUACCUUCGAGUCCGUGAGCGAUUUAAAAAAACGGAGCCCUUCACCUUCACUAGGCUCAGAGUCUUCCUCGACCCUAAGUUCGCAGAAUCGACAAGAAACCCCAUUAGCGAAUCCAACAACGUCUCUCAACCCACGACGAAGACCCUCGCCUCACAAAAAUGGAAACAAGCACAUUAAAGGAACAAACGCUUUACGAAAAGCGCCCCAGCGACUUCGGGCAAGUGGCGCAGUUGGUCGCUUACUAAAGUCGGAUUACUUUAAAUAAUGUUAUUACGGCGGUCCAAUAAGAUAAAACCGCCAAUGCGCCAAAAUGCCGUGCGAAUAUACAGAUGUGCUGAAGCCCUCUGUAUUUACAGGGCUCUACAGCGCAUCUCCCACUACAAAUUCAGCGACUAAAUGUAUGGCGCCUACAUCCCUAAUAGCGUCUCACAAUGCUUUAAGCCUUAUAAAGCCCUAUAGCUACAGCGCAUUGCAGCUUUCAAUGCACUAUAAGUGCGCUGUAGGGCCUCAAGCGCUAUACUGCUUUUAUAACACUUCAGCACCCUACUAAAAUGCCCUAAUAUUUACAGCGCUUAUAGCCCUGUAGCAUGGUGCGAAGCGCUAUAUUGUAACUUGUAUUAUGGCGCAUUGGCGGGUUUUCGGAAACGGCGCACGGUUAUUAUUAUUAAAGGUGGAACUGGAAUUGGAUGUUUUGUUAUUUUAAUUUUAUUAUAUGUUACCUACCUAGGUAUUAAAAAAUAAAACUUUAUAUAUAAAAGGUA